AUGGAGGAAAGAGAUGCUGCAACGGGCCUUCGUGGCCUGUAUCAGGAUCUCUCUGCUCUUUCAGCUUCGUCCUUUGUGAACAUCGAGCGUCUUCGAGUCGAGCUGGAGACUCACAUCGAUGAUUUCAAGAAGCUCCUCGACAAACCUCCAAAGAACAACACAAGUCGCCAGGCGGUCCUCUCCGGUAAAAUUACCGUCGACGACCUCGAGUACUCAAUCAAUGAGGAAUUUCAACAAGGAGCGUUAAUGCUGGCAGAUGCACUGAAUCUCGAUGAAUUGCAAGCAGCAAUGCUGUUUAUGGCGGCGCAGGAGGAUGCUCACGUCUUGGAUCGGCCUCCCGUCAUCGCUGCGAUCAUGCGAUUCCACGAGCGCCGACAAUUCUUGCUCGACUCUCUACGGCUUAUUUUCCAGGAGUCCUUCGAAGUGGAGCGGGAGAUGACACAGGUUCUCAUGCAGGAAAUGCUGGCUUUCGUGGUGGAAAUAAAGGAUGGGCCUUUGCGGAAUGCGUCACUAUAUACACGCAAAUGCAUGAAGUCGAUGGAAGACAUUGAGAACUGGCUUGUCCUCCUCAACGAGCAAACCCAGAAAGCGUCCAUUGUUGGUCAGUCAGCGGAAUACGACAUUGUGGAGGCUCUCGAAUACCAACGCAGCAGCUUACAGCAACAACACGAAUCCCUCGGUGCUGUGCUAUGCUACCUAUUCAAAGGACCUUACACCAGUUCGGAGGACCUCCGCUUACUUCUAGACCACCUUCGGAAGCUCGAACGUUUCGAUGGACUCCUUAUUCACUACCUUCCUUGCAUAAUUGCGUCUUUUGUCCAGCAUGGGUCUCCGGAAAGCUCUAGUUCCUAUAGGGAUGCUAGGAGCCUGCAUACAGCGAUCACAUCCUCCAAAGACGUUCAGCCUUGGAAGAUCCCCACGUUCCACUCUGCCGUCAUCGCACUAUGGCUCGCUGUCUACAGUGGGUGGGAUUUCGAUGGGCCUGCAUCUCCUCUCCAAGGUGUGGACUUGGAAAAAGAUUCAGAAGAGCGCACAAAGAUGUUUAUGACUGCUCUGGAUGAUGGAGGCCUCGAACUCAUCCUUGCCGUCUGCUAUGGCGUGAACGAUGAAGAAUGGGCUGAUCCGGCUCGUAGUGAACUGGUCACAUUAUUAUUGAAAGAAAGCGCGUCGGCAACACUUGAAACUGAUAGUUGCUCGGACUUCUCAAAGGUGCUUCUAAUGGAGAAUUUCGAGGCUUUUGCCGAGGCAUGCAUAGCGAACAUGCCCGAUGCGGUGCGAAUGUUGAAGACGGAAGAGGAUUCGCAAAGACUGGAUCAUCUUACUGCUUUGCGGGACGGCUUGACUUCAAGCCUCCAUAGUGGCCCGGUAGAGGCCCGAACACAUCUUGAGUCGUUCUUGAUGAUCAUGGCAUUCGCGUUCGAGCAUCGGCCAGACUCCGCACAGGAAUUCUGGGCUGAUCCAGAUGGUAACCUUUAUGGUUUCCUCCAAUGGGCAUCGAAACGGCAAACUGUUCCCAGGGUCAGCGCUUUCUGCGAGUUACUGUGCUCCAUCUCCGUAGGCGAGGAUAAUGCCACUGCGGCCCAUCGGUUUUUGUCUGAAGAAGACAAGUUCAUGUCCGCGAAAUUCAAACGAUCUACGUCCAUGAACUGGUCACAGAUGUUCGCCGAGCUUCAACUGUACGCGACGAGAGUUACUGAAAAGCCGUCUACAUCGCAGGCAAUCCUGCGGUCAAGGAAACUCGACCCGGCUGAUAUGAGCGAGCCGGAGAGUCCGGUUAUGUUGACAUGCUACCUGAGGCUGCUAGAGCAUCUGAGUAAGCAGAGUGCUACGAUACGAGACUGGCUGCUUCAUCACCCUACAUUUAAUGUCGUCGGUACGCUGUUGACGCUUUGCAGUGGGCCCAUCCCUACGCAUUUGCGAGCAAACGUCUUUGCAGCACUUGCGGCCCUGAUGACAGAUAGAACCUCUCACAAUGGGAACGAAAUGUGGCUUGCUAUCGACCAGUGGAUUUCUGGGGGUUCUAUGAGUGCUUCCAACCUAGGGAAAGUCCCGGUCGUUUCCAACCCGCUUGUGUGGCAUGAGCAACAGGCCUUCCAAAGGAUUGGCGAGAGUUUCGAUCAAGCCAAUGCCUUCGUUCGGCUCGUUUAUUCGCUCAUCUCCCCUGCUCUCGAUUCAGCUGAUUUUCACCUCUCCUUGCCGUUCCCCGAGAGCCUGGGUUCGUCCUAUCGGAUGCCAGGCAUUGAACCUUACAUAGACUUUGUCAUGGGUCAGGCUCUUUCCAGGAAAAUUCCGGAUCUGAACGAACGGCAGACUCGCUUCUUGACUUACAACUGCCUGGACUUUAUUGUGACAUGUCUGCAAUCUUUCAACGAAAGCCUGGUCUCCGUUCUCAGCCAGCCUACGAUAUCCACUGAUAGUGUUAUCAAGCAAUCGACAUUCGUCACCUACAUUCGUCUUCAUCCCUUUGCACGAGUCACGGAGUGGCUUUUCAAUGAGGACGUGAUCAAAGCUAUCUUUGCUACUGCCCAUCAAGAUGUAAAUGAGGUUGCAAAGGCCUCAUCAGACUCCGUCCUCGUCCAGUCCUUGCUCCGGAGCUUGGAAGUCAUGGACAUGAUGAUCGACCUUCAAUCGACAUAUUUCAAUAUUGUGAGGCCGGCAAUCAAGGCCCAGACCGGCACAAGCAGAACAAAUGUGGCGAACUCUGCGCUGUCAGCUUUUGAGGAUAGCAUACUCAACAACCUGUCCAUAAUCCCUGCGUUGUGUCUUUACUGCAGCACCGGGCACCAGCAACUCACCGUCACGUCAAUGGCGUUGCUGGAGAAGCUAUCCAGCUCGGGAAAGCUGAACAAGAUCACGUCUCCGGAGUUGUCUAAGUGGCGUUCACCGAACAAGAUCGUCGAAGUUCUUAGUGCUGAGGUAGAUCUCAACAGUGUCUCGCGUCCUCUUGUGUCUCAGAUGCAACCCGAGUCAAGAGAGAUAGAAUCUGGCCCACAGUCGCCGGGUUAUAUUAUCAGGGAAAGCCUCCUGGCACUUCUCAACAGCUGUCUCAGCACGAUUAAUGACCGACCUACGAUAGCUCACCUGCUCCUUGGGUUUAAUAGCAUCGGUAACAUACUUGACAUUGCUCCCGACAGCCUGUUUGCUGAUAAGAUGUCUCUGCUCCAUGCUGUCAUCGGAUUCUUGCAAAACUACCCUGACGAGCUGGAUGGCAAUAUUCUCCCUUGGCUGGUGCAUGUCAAGCGCAUGGCCUUUGGAGUAUUGAAGCACCUUUGGUCUUCUAAACUUUCUUCCUACUUCACACUUGCCGAGAUGCGUGGCAGCCGCUUCCUUCUCAGUAUGUUUGCGAGUCAGCCGAUCAUAGGGCCAAACACACCCUGGGAUGGAUUUCUGAUCGGCACGCCUGAGUUCUGGCUCUCUGAGUCAACGGCUGGUCUUGCAGAGUUCCUUCUCUACAGAAGCUAUUUGUUCGACUACGCUGCUACAGAAAUUCGCUCGGCUACAAAGCUCGGGUCUCCGACUCUUCAAGCUGAAAUAAUAUCAACUCUAUUUGGGAACUCUGUUUCGGAGACUGGGGAGACCAUUGUGAAUCCUUCCAUCUUCGAUAUGUUCGAUUUCGCAGACCUGGACACUCAACAUCAAUUGCAACCACCGGCUCUAAAUUUCCUUGAUGGUCUCGAAUUUGACCUCUGUGCGCGACCGGAAACGGACAGUUCUCCGAUUGUGUACAACCUGGACGAGAUAGUGGAACUCGUCCAGGUUAGGAAGGAAGAAUUGUCAUUGAGUGGGCAUCUACGACCUCAGGACGAAGAGCUAUUCCAGGCCGAGUCCGAAAGUCUGAUAUUAUUCGUACGGUCCACAAACCAAGCAAGCCAGAUCGCGUUCAAUCGUUAUUUGGCUCUACGGUCUUGGACCCAGCUCAUCACCACGAUGCUCACUUGUUCUGAAAUUGAAGGCGGAAGGAGAGCUACCUUCAUCCUGCAUUCGCUCCAGUUGAUCCUCCCCAAGCUAGAAAUUGCUAUUGAAGAAGACCUACCGGAAGGCUUAGAACUGGCACGACUGGCUGAGACCUUGGUUAGUAGGCUGGAAUCUCCGAAGCCCGGUUCUGGUAUUCCCCGCAGGAGUGGCGACGUUCUCGAUGAAAAGCUUCAUCAAUUAUUCCAAGUCUGCGUCAGAGGUGUGACCUUAGCAAACGGAAAUGUGAGCAUCAGGGAGACCUUUUACAACACCUGCGCACACUAUGUCGCUGGUAUUAUCUCAACAGAGCCCGUGCAUCAAAGUAUGAGGCUCCAGAGCCAGCAAGUGAUCAAAGCUGCAGGCCAUGCCCUGAUUGAGGCCGUCUGUGAUGAUGCAUAUGCUGGCCAGGAGACAUGCCGAGUAUCUGCCCUUUUGCUUCUGAAUUUAUUGGCUGCUCUGGACAGGCAAGCGGAUGGACUGUUGGCCGAUUCUAUCUCCCAAUCCAACUACCUGAGCCUCUUCUUGGACUCCAUCAGGUCGCUACCUAUCGAAUUGAGAAACGCUCAGGCCAGUGAUACACCUUUGCUAUUGUCCUACUACCAGUCACUCUUGUCUCUCCUCCAGGAGCUUUGCCAGACCAAGAAUGGUGCGACGUAUGUCCUGAAAACUGGCCUGUUCCAGGCAGUACGGGACUCGCAGCUAUUUGCAGCCGACCCAGAUCUCGGUAUCGAUAUCGAUAACCCAGAUGCUCUUCGGAAAUACUAUGACCUGCUUGACUCGGUUCUCCGAGUUGUUGUCGCCGCUGUUUUCUCUCGAGGGCUGCACAACGAGCAGAUGCUGGAGCAGACUCGAAUCUUCCUUGCCGAGAACAGACAAAGCAUGGUUGGCAUUUUCAAAAGAUUUGCCAAGCUUGGAGGUGCAGGUGCCGCAGAUCACCAUGAUGCACUGCGGAAACUCACCAAGUCAUAUCUGGCACUUAUCACGGCCACGGAUUUUCUGGAGUUCGAAGAUCAGGAAGUAAAAGAGCAGACGGGAAUGAAGUUCUUUACGUGA